GUAUGUACAUAUAUGAGCUUCGGAAGAACGUCUCUGUGCUGUUGAUGAUAGAGAUAGAUUACAGAACGGCCAAAGCCAUCUCUCUCUCUCUCUCCAGCACCCAAAACCAAAAAAAAACAAAAAAAUAAAAAAAUCUAGAAUAUUUCCAACCUUUCUGCGCCCGCUUCAUCGAAACCCCAAACUUUGGAUAAAGGUCGGUAAUUCCGGCCUCCAUGUCAUUGCUGCUCCGUUUGCACGUUCGAUUCAAUUAGCAAUAGAUCUGAUUCGAAUCGGGGAGGUUUUGUAAUAGAUCCGUUAAAGUUGUAGUUCUGGAUCGGUUUUAUGUGCCCGAGAAAUGUCGCUUUUGUCCAAAAGCGAUUCGAUUUGGAUCCGAGAGGUUUGGAAUGAUAAUCUGGAAGAAGAGUUCGCUUUGAUCCGGGAAAUUGUUGACGAUUUUCCGUAUAUCGCGAUGGACACGGAAUUCCCGGGGAUUGUUCUUCGGCCGGUGGGCAAUUUCAAGAACAGUAACGAUUAUCACUACCAGACCUUGAAGGACAACGUGGAUAUGUUGAAAUUGAUUCAAUUAGGGCUCACCUUCUCGGAUGAGCAAGGGAAUUUACCCACUUGUGGUACUGAUAAGCAUUGCGCUUGGCAGUUCAAUUUCCGUGAGUUCAAUGUCGAUGACGAUGUCUUUGCAUAUGACUCCAUUGAGCUCUUGCGCCAAAGCGGGAUCGAUUUUGAGAAAAACAAUGAGAAGGGAAUCGAUGCGAAGCGAUUUGGCGAGCUGUUGAUGUCAUCUGGAAUUGUCUUGAAUGACAAUGUUUGCUGGGUUACCUUCCACAGUGGGUAUGAUUUCGGGUACUUGCUUAGGAUAUUGACUUGCCAGAGUUUGCCUGCUACCCAAGCUGGGUUCUUUGCUCUGAUCAAAAUCUACUUCCCGGUCAUCUAUGACAUCAAGCAUCUCAUGAAGUUCUGCAACAGCCUUCAUGGCGGAUUGAACAAGCUUGCGGAGCUGUUGGAAGUUGAGAGAGUUGGUGUUUGUCACCAGGCGGGGUCGGAUAGUUUGCUCACAUCUUGUACAUUCAGGAAGUUGAAAGAGAAUUUCUUUGGCGGUUCACUUGACAAGUAUGCUGGUGUGUUGUAUGGUUUAGGUGUUGAAAAUAUUGGACAGGUUGCUCAUUGAAAACAAAAUAUAAAUAAAUAAAUAAUGCGCCAUCGAGCCCACAUUGUAUGUAUACCUUUGUCCAGGAUGUUUCUUACUUAAUCAUAAUUCUGCUUAUGAUAGUUUGACUCUUC